AGGAAAAGCUGUUCUAUUUUUUGUGUCAUUGUUCUGGUUUUGGAGCUCUGCAAAUGCUUUGCUUUCUCCUAAGGGAAUAAACUAUGAAGUGCAAGCUUUAAUGGGAAUAAAAGCUUCUCUAGUGGAUCCUCAUGGUAUUCUUGAUAAUUGGGAUGGGGAUGCAGUUGAUCCAUGUAGUUGGAAUAUGGUCACAUGUUCCCCUGAGAACCUUGUCAUUAGCCUUGGCAUUCCCAGUCAGAAUUUAUCUGGUACUCUAUCUCCAAGCAUAGGAAACCUAACCAAUCUUCACACUGUGGUGCUGCAAGAUAACAACAUAACUGGACCAAUCCCUUCAGAGAUUGGAAAACUUUCCAAGCUUCAAAGUCUUGAUCUCUCUGAUAACUUCUUCAAUGGGGAAAUUCCUCCCUCUCUGGGUCACCUGAGAAGCCUCCAAUACCUGAGGCUUAAUAAUAACAGUUUUUGUGGGGAAUGCCCAGAGUCACUGGCUAACAUGGCACAGCUUGCAUUUCUUGACUUGUCCUACAACAAUUUGAGUGGCCCUGUACCCAGAAUUUUAGCCAAAUCAUUCAGUAUUCUUGGAAACCCCCUUGUCUGUGCCACAGGAAAAGAAUCAAAGUGCCCUGGGAUGACACUCAUGCCUAUGUCCAUGAACUUGAACAGUACUGGGGAUGCUAUACCAUCAGGCAGACCAAAAACUCACAAAAUAGCCAUAGCCUUUGGUUUGAGUAUGGGAUGCCUCUGCUCAAUAGUUCUUGGUUUUGGACUUGUUCUAUGGAGGAGGCACAAGCAUAAUCAACCGGCAUUCUUUGAUGUCAAAGACCGGCAUCAUGAAGAAGUCUACCUUGGGAACUUGAAGAGGUUCCAAUUAAGAGAACUCCAGAUUGCUACUAACAACUUCAGCAACAAAAACAUAUUGGGGAAGGGUGGUUUUGGAAAUGUCUACAAAGGAGUUCUCCAAGAUGGCACUCUUGUAGCUGUCAAGAGGCUUAAAGAUGGCAAUGCAACUGGGGGAGAGAUACAAUUUCAAACUGAAGUUGAAAUGAUAAGCUUGGCAGUGCACAGAAACCUCCUUAAACUUUAUGGAUUUUGUAUGACACCAACAGAAAGACUUUUAGUUUAUCCAUACAUGUCCAAUGGCAGUGUUGCUUCUAGGCUCAAGGGUGAGCUCAAUGGUAAACCAGUGUUGGACUGGGGCACAAGGAAGCAAAUUGCCUUAGGAGCUGCAAGGGGACUACUAUACCUUCAUGAGCAGUGUGAUCCAAAGAUAAUCCAUAGAGAUGUAAAAGCUGCAAAUAUAUUGCUUGAUGACUAUUGUGAGGCAGUGGUUGGAGAUUUUGGGUUGGCAAAGCUUUUAGAUCAUCAAGAUUCACAUGUCACAACUGCAGUGAGGGGCACAGUGGGGCAUAUUGCACCAGAGUAUCUUUCCACAGGACAAUCUUCUGAGAAGACUGAUGUCUUUGGAUUUGGCAUUCUGCUUCUUGAAUUGAUCACAGGCCAGAGAGCUCUAGAAUUUGGAAAAGCAGCCAACCAAAAAGGAGCCAUGCUUGAUUGGGUAAAGAAAAUUCAUCAAGAGAAGAAGCUUGAAGUACUUGUUGACAAGGAUCUUAAGAACAACUAUGACAGGAUUGAGCUUGAGGAAAUUGUUCAAGUAGCUCUCUUAUGUACACAAUAUCUUCCAGGCCACAGACCCAAAAUGUCUGAAGUUGUACGCAUGCUUGAAGGUGAUGGGCUAGCAGAGAAAUGGGAAGCUUCUCAAAGUGCAGACACUACCACCAAGUGCAAAACACAUGAGUUCGCUUCAUCAGAUCGGUUUUCUGAUCUUACCGAUGACUCUUCAUUGUUAGUCCAAGCCAUGGAGCUCUCAGGCCCAAGGUGA